AUACAAAUAUCAUUCCUCUCUAUAUACAACCAACCCCGCCCUUUGAUUCUCAAUAUUUCAACAAAUGGCCACAAACAACAACAACAACAACAGUGAUAACUCUGUCGCUAAGAAAACAAAAGGAAAACAAAAGAUCGAGAUGAAAAAGAUCGAAAAAGAAGGAUGUUUGAUGCCCACCUUCUCAAAACGCAGGUGGGGUAUCUGCAUGAAAGCGAGCGAGCUCGUCACCUUGACGGGCAGUGAGGUAGGGUUCCUGAUUUUUUCUCCUGGAGGAAAACCUUUCACAUUCGGAAAUCCUUCGUUCGAAGACCUCGCAAAUCGGUACAUGGGCCACCAACCGGAGCCUCAGCUACCGUACGAUCCGGAAAUUUUCAGACGAGCCAGCAGGAUCGAGGAGCUCAACCAUACUCUGAGCGAGCUGCUCGAUUCGGUGGAGAAGAAGAAGAAGGAAGAGAUGGUGCUGCACCAAAAGCUGGAGGGCAAGCGGCUGAACAAUUGGUGGAACCGACGUGUGGAGGAAGUGCAGAUGAAUGAGAUUUCAGGUCUCAAAGGUUCCUACUUGGAAUUGUUGGAGAGGAUUGAUAAGAGGAGGACAGAAACAAGGAGCCAUGGAAAUAAUAGUGCAUGUAUUCCUUCUUCUUCUUCAUCUGGUGUUGCUGGACAAUCGCAAAAUAUGGCACCGAUGAAUUUGAUUCAGAAUUAUCCAAUAGGUGAUGGAAUAGAGGAUGCACUUGAUCAUCUAUUAUCCUCCCCUGAACCCCCUCCUGCCGAUGCUUUUGACUCCAAUCCCUAGUCAAUCUUGGAAGAUAUAAGUCUUUAAUAAUAUUGUUUAGUUUUCUUCUAUGUCGAGCAUAAAACAGAGUUAUGUGAUUUUAAUAAUGGUUUUUUUUUUUCAAAUGAAUGUUAUACAAGUGGAAUGAAAAUUUUAAUGCGUAUUUUUUAUUAUGAAUUUAGGAAUUGGUAAGUUUUUUCUUUUUUAUAUUCCGCGAUAUUCUAAAUUAUAGAUAAGAUGAGGAGGAAAAUAUGAAAUGAAGGGGGGAAAAACCAAACGUGGAAAUAUGUUUAAAGGAAAGAAAAAAGGAUAAGGAUGGAAAAUAAAAUCACAUCUUAUCGCCUUUUUCAUUUUUUAUUACUGAAAAUUACAUUUAUAGUAAAUCCAUAUUUUGGGGAUGUAUUAAUGGGUGAUGAAAAAUUCGUAUAUAAGAGCAAGAAAAAGAAUACAAUAAAGACAUUGCGCAUAUAAAAAUUGUGAAAACCUCGGUCAAUUAGGGCGAUCCGAUUAGACUGAAGUAAACUAUCGAUCAUUAGUAUAAGUAAGCAUUGAUUCAGUUCAUACAAAAUCAAAUCAAAUUGGGAGAAGUUAUCUCUCUCCAAUGGCCAGUUAGUGAGAUGGUUAUGCAACGUUUUGUUACUAAUUGGAUCUGCUCCGUAUGAAAUAUGCAAUUGCUUUGUUUAGCUUCCAUAUUUCAGGAAAGGAGUCUUCGUGUACGUAUGGAAGGAUUUUGAAAGAAGAAGAACGAGACUAUAAGAAGGAGAAGAAAAGUGUGGUUGAGAAAAUAAUCAGAGAAAGCUUCAUGUUGAGAGAACAAACGUCUCUAGGUUGUCAACCGCGAGAAAGUAGGUAGUGCUUUAUGAGAUUGAUUGAUAGUAUGAUUUAUUAAUCUUGAUCCAAGUGAGUUCGAGCUAGGGUAGUAGAGAGGUUAGAAGCUUUAUAUUCUUCGCAAUUGUUAAGAGUUUGACUCUCAGCCAAAGAGAAUCACAUUGUGGUCAGAGCAUAGGUCUCAAGGGAAAGCCUCCCUUGAACGGAAAAGUAACGCAUGCACAAAUCUCGGUAACAAAUAUCGCGUGUUCUUUUACAUUAUCGCACUUAUUUCGAUUGUUGAUUAUCCUCGAUUUUCUUAAUUUGUCCCAAAUCACAAUCGAAAAAAUCAUCCGCCUCAAGUACAAUUAUUUCAUUCCCCCAUUCCAAAUCCAACAUAGGAUUCCUAACUCACAUGUGAAUCAGUCGCCUUCACCGAUUUGAAAUACAUGACUUUGGUAGCCUUUCAAUAAGUCCCAACAUUGAUUACAUCAUAUCUGUCUUCCCCUGUUCGGAUAUAGGAGCAGAAGCCAGCAACAUAUACUGAUAUACAAGAAUCAUCCCCAGCCCCAAAUUAUUAACGAGUAAUUUGACGUCUCUGUCGCUUUGAAUCUGAUGCUCAUCUGCCUUUAUAACUUGUCGGCAGAAAACCGAACGACGGGACGUCGGAGCAAAGCGAAUUAAUCUGAUAGCCCCAAAUGAUUUGGUUUUGCUUCUGUAGCAAUAUUUGCUUUUUCCCCCCUCCGAAAUGAAUCCUCUUGGACCCCACGUACGAAAUUCGUGGCUUGAGCCUUCCUUUCCCAGUAUACAUAUUGUAACAGUUGGUCGUUAAAGUGGGGUUUCGUGAUAUAGCGACCAAGCAGAUUGUGGAGAGAGAGAGAGAGAGAGAGAGAGGACAAAGAAGGAAGCGGCGGAGCUUUUAGACUUUUCUGGCUCGCCAAAGCCAGCGGGCGCCGGUCCCCCGACAACGGGUCACGCUAUGUUCUUCCUUUUUGACUAUCUCGCUAAGCUGAUCUAUUAUCUCCAUUAAACAGCUAAACGCCCAAAACCAAUCCUUUCGUGACGGCCUAGCAGAAUUAUAAUAUAAGGAGCUUUCAUUU